GGAAAAGCCAAAGAAAAAUCCUGGAAAAGCUCCGGGAAAAGCUUCUGGAGGGUGGAAUUUUUUCAGGGGAUGGAGAAGGAUAUGGAAGCCAGGAAAAAUCCUGGAAAAACCUUGGAAAAAUCUUGGAGAAACUCGGAGAGGGAGGAAUUUUUUUUUAAGGAACGAAGGAGAAAACCUUGGAAAAGCCCCGGCAAAACCUUGGAAGAUCCGGGAAGACUCAGUGUUAUUUUAUCCCUAAAAAUUCCAGAGAGGAGAUAAAACGUGGGAAAAAUGGAAUUCGGGGAUCUGGGAAUUCUCUUCCCAUCCAAACCAUUCCAGGAUUCCCGGGAAUAUCCUGGAACAGGAAUGCUGCUCCGAAGGGCGCGGCGUGUGGGGAAAUCACCUUGGGAGCGGAUUUUGGGAAGAGAUUCCUCCUUUUUUUCUUUUUUUUUUUUUUUUUGGGAAGAGAUUCCUCCUUUUCCAGGGCAGGGAAUCCAUGGAUGGAUGGAUGGAUGGAUGGAUGAUCCCUGGCAAACCAGAAAAUCCCUGGAUUCGCCUCUUUUCCCAAAAAUUUUUGGGAAUUGCUGGGAUCUGGAGAAUCUUCGGGAUGACCUCCGAGUCAUAUUCCAGGGACGUUCUCCGCUUUUUUUCCCGGGAAUGAAAUCCGGGAUCGGUGACUCGGCUCCGUCCCAACCCAAAUCCACGGAGAUGCCACCAGAAUUCCCAGGUUUCUGCUGAGCUUCCUUCCCACCAUUUCCAGGGGGAAUUUUCCGGCCGCUCCGAGGACGGGAUCCAUGGGGAACGGCGGCUCAGGGAGCGUGGGAUGCUUUUCCCACGGGAUUUUCCCGUUCCUCCUCCUCCUCCUCUGCUGCUUCCUCAGCUUCCAGGCGGCCGCCGGCCAGCGCCGGAGCCACGCGGAGGACCGGCUCUUCAAGCGCCUUUUUUCGGGAUACAACCGCUGGUCCCGGCCCGUUCCCAACACUUCCGAUGUGGUCAUCGUCCGCUUCGGGCUCUCCAUCGCCCAGCUCAUCGACGUGGAUGAGAAGAACCAGAUGAUGACCACCAACGUCUGGCUGAAGCAGGAAUGGAGCGACUACAAACUGCGCUGGGAUCCGGCCGAGUACGACAACGUCACGUCCAUCCGCGUGCCCUCCGAGAUGAUCUGGAUCCCGGAUAUCGUCCUCUACAACAACGCCGACGGCGAGUUCGCGGUGACCCACAUGACCAAGGCCCACCUAUUCUGGGACGGCACCGUCAAGUGGGUCCCUCCGGCCAUCUACAAGAGCUCCUGCAGCAUCGACGUCACCUUCUUCCCCUUCGACCAGCAGAACUGCAAGAUGAAGUUCGGCUCCUGGACCUACGACAAGGCCAAGAUCGACCUGGAGAACAUGGACCAGCACGUGGACCUCAAGGACUACUGGGAGAGCGGCGAGUGGGCCAUCAUCAACGCCAUCAGCACCUACACCUCCAAAAAGUACGACUGCUGCACGGAGAUCUACCCGGACAUCACCUUCUACUUCGUCAUCCGGCGCCUCCCGCUCUUCUACACCAUCAACCUCAUCAUCCCGUGCCUGCUCAUCUCCUGCCUCACCGUCCUGGUUUUUUAUCUCCCCUCGGACUGUGGGGAGAAGAUCACGCUCUGCAUCUCCGUGCUUCUGUCGCUCACCGUUUUCCUGCUGCUCAUCACCGAGAUCAUCCCGUCCACCUCGCUGGUCAUCCCGCUGAUCGGCGAGUACCUGCUCUUCACCAUGAUCUUCGUCACGCUCUCCAUCAUCAUCACCGUCUUCGUGCUCAACGUGCACCACCGCUCGCCCAGCACCCACACCAUGCCGUGCUGGGUCCGGAGUUUUUUCCUGGAUCUCAUCCCGCGCUGGUUGUUCAUGAGGAGGCCGCCGGCGUUGCCGACGCCCCCCGAGGGGACGGGGGGACAGUACGACCACCCCGGGGCGCGGCUCAGCACGUCGCGGUGCUGGCUGGAGACCGACGUGGAUGACAAGUGGGAGGAGGAAGAGGAGGAGGAGGAGGAAGAGGAGGAGGAGGAAGAGGAGAAGACCUAUCCCGGACAUCCCGUGGAAUCCCAGGAAAGCCGGUUCCACUACGGGAAGGCAUCCAGGGGCUCGGCGUCACGCGGAUCGUCCAAGGGGAAGGAGGAGGAGGAAGAAGGGGAGGAGAAGGAGGAUGAGGAGGAAGGCUCGGAGCAGGGCCUGGCGCUGUCUCCCAGGAUUCUGAAGGCCCUGGAAGGCGUGCAGUACAUCGCGGAUCACCUGCGGGCCGAGGACGCCGACUUCUCCGUGAAGGAAGACUGGAAAUACGUGGCCAUGGUGAUCGACCGGAUCUUCCUCUGGAUGUUCAUCAUCGUCUGCCUGCUGGGCACCGUGGGGCUCUUCCUGCCGCCCUACCUGGCCGGGAUGAUCUAG